GCUGCGUAAUUUCUUCCUUUUCCUUUUUUUCUUCUCUUUUUCUUUUUUCUUUUUCUUUCCACGGUUGCUUAUUUCUAAUGGCAUCGUGAUCGAUUCAUCUCCUCUCUCUCUCUUCUCCCUUCCAAUUUUCCCAAUUCUUUUUUUUAAAACCCUAAUUUUUGGAUAUCUAAUUUAUCUAUUCUCGGAAUCUGCAACUCUCUACUCGAUUUGCUCCCCCCCCCCCCCCCCCAAUUAAAAACCCUUGCUUUCUUUGUGUUCUGGUUCACCGAUUGAUGGGUCGUGGCUCAGUGACGUCGCUUGCUCCUGGGUUCCGUUUUCACCCUACGGACGAGGAACUCGUUCGCUACUACCUUAAGCGUAAGGUCUGCAACAAACCCUUUAAGUUCGAUGCUAUAUCCGUCACCGACAUAUACAAAUCCGAGCCAUGGGAUCUACCAGGCAAGUCGAAGCUGAAAAGUAGAGACUUGGAAUGGUACUUCUUUAGUAUGCUGGAUAAGAAGUACAGCAAUGGUUCCAAGACUAAUCGUGCGACGGAGAAAGGGUAUUGGAAGACGACGGGGAAAGAUCGGGAGAUUCGCAAUGGUCCAAGAGUCGUAGGGAUGAAAAAGACACUUGUUUAUCACAAGGGUCGAGCUCCUCGUGGUGAAAGGACCAACUGGGUUAUGCACGAGUACCGGCUCUCUGAUGAGGACUUGAAGAAAGCUGGUGUGCCGCAAAAGGAAGCAUAUGUUUUAUGUAGGAUAUUUCAGAAAAGUGGUACGGGGCCUAAGAAUGGGGAGCAGUACGGUGCUCCGUUUCUUGAGGAAGAGUGGGAAGAAGAUGCAAUGACAUAUGUUCCAGAUCAAGAUGCUUUCAGUGAAGGAUUGGGUGUCGAUGAUGAUGUUUAUGUCGAUAUUGAUGACAAUGAAGAGAAGCCCGAAAAUUUGGUUGUCUAUGAUGCUGUUCCUAUUCUACCUAACUACUGCCAUGGAGAAUCAAGCAACAAUGUUGAAUCAGGCAACUACUCAGACUCUGGAAAUUACAUUCAACAAGGAAACUACGUUGUUGACUCUGGUGGCUACUUUGAGCAACCAGUUGAAACUUUUGAGGAAGAUAAGAAGCCUAUCAUACGGGAUGGUAGCAUACAGCCUUGUUCGCUGUUUCCGGAGGACCAAAUUGGCUGUGGUGUGCAGGACGAGAAUGCAGUGAAUAAUCUGGAUUCGUCCAACAACAAUGUGUUCGACGCUGAUACAUGCUACAGUGACAUUCCUAUUGAUACUAACUAUUUACCCGAUGAGCCAUUCAUGGAUCCUAACAACAAUCUUCCACUCAACGAUGGUCUGUACCUGGAAACUAAUGAUCUCAGCUGUGUUCAACAAGAUGAUUUUAACUUCGAAGAUUAUCUCAACUUCUGUGAUGAUGAGGGUUUUAUUCUUGACGAUUCUCAAUUUAUGGGAUCUGAAGAUGCUCUUCCCGAUCAAGAAGGCCUUGACCAAAAACUUUCCCCUGAAGAAUUGGAGAAGGAGGUCGCAGAAGGCAAAGAGGUGGUGGAGAAAAAAGAAAGUGGUGAAGGAUCUUGCUCAAAACGAGAUGCAGAUCUCACUGAAUUUGAUUCAGCUUCGAAGUACCCUUUUCUCAAAAAGACAAGCCACAUGCUUGGAGCUAUUCCUGCCCCAUCUUCAUUUGCUUCACAGUUCAAAUCAAAGGACGCUGCAAUCCGGCUACACUCAGCACAAUCUUCUGGUUCAGUUCACGUGACUGCAGGUAUGAUCAGAAUAUCAAACAUGACUCUAGCAGCGGAUAGCAGUAUGGGCUGGUCAUAUGACAAGAACGGUAACCUCAAUGUAGUCCUUUCAUUUGGAGUGGUCCAACGGGAUGAUGAACUGAGUGCCUCGGGAAGUAAGACAGCAACUACGGCGACAAGAGCUAUGCUGAUCUUCAUGUGUUUAUGGGUUCUCUUACUAUCUGUUAGCUUCAAAAUAGUAACCAUGGUCUCUGCUCGGUAAUAGCAUCAAAAGUUGAAUCGUCUCAAAGACUAUUUUUGGUGUUUGUAUCUUUCCAAUUAUAUAGUGUUUACUCUGGCAGUGCUUUGCUGCUCAAUAGUUUAUUUAUCUUUUCAAGGGAUUUUGUGUAGUCUGAAAUGCUCUUUAUAAUUUCUAGCUUGAGCUUCUAGAAAUAAGAACAUAACAAAUUUCUUUGUGACAGUUAUUUAUUUGAUCUCUGCUCUUUGUGAGUUCUUACUAUUAAGAAACAAUUGAUCA